GUGUGUGUGUGUGUGUGUGUGUGUGUGUGUGUGUGUGUGUGGGAGCUCCACACCAAUGUGAGCGAGGCACAGCAACCCUCAGGUGCAGAGAGAUCAAAGUGGCGGCGCCUUUAGGAUGCAGAAGUCACCGGUGGAAGAUGCCAACUUCUUCUCCAAGUUUGUCUUCUGGUGGAUCUCCCCGCUGCUGAGGAAGGGCUUCACUAAGAAGUUGGAGCUGAGUGACGUGUACAAAGCUCCAUCCUAUGAUCAGGCAGACACCCUCUCUGAGAGGCUUGAAAGGGAAUGGGACAGAGAGGUGGUGUCAGCCAAGAGGCCCAAACUCUUAAAAGCACUGGCCAGAUGCUUCUUUGGCCCCUUCGCCUUCUUUGGUGUCCUCCUCUACUUUGGGGAAGCAUCUAAGGCCGUGCAGCCUCAGCUUUCAGGCCGCAUCAUCGCUUCCUUUGACCCCUUCCAUGAACCUGAACGGAGUCAGGGCUACUACCUGGCCCUGGGCCUCGGCCUCCUCUUCACCGCUCGCCUCAUCCUGCUGCAGCCCGCCAUCUUCGGCCUGCAUCACCUGGGCAUGCAGAUCCGCAUCGCGCUUUUCAGUCUCAUUUACAAGAAGACCCUGAAGCUGUCCAGUCGAGUCUUGGACAAGAUCAGCACCGGUCAGCUCGUCAGCCUGAUGUCUGCUCACCUCAACAAGCUGGAUGAGAGCCUGGGUCUGGCACACUUUAUCUGGAUCACCCCUCUGCAGUGUAUUCUGUGUACGGGUUUGAUCUGGGAGCUGAUCGAGGUGAACGGGCUCUGCGCUCUGGCAGCUCUGACGCUGCUGGGCAUCGUCCAGGCCUGGCUCUCCAUGAAGAUGGGACCUCAUCGGGUGAAGCGAGCAGGACUGAUCAGUCGCCGCCUGGCUCUGACCUCAGAGAUCGUGGAGAACAUUCACUCUGUGAAGGCGUACGGCUGGGAGGAGGUGAUGGAGACCAUCAUUAAGAACAUCAGGCAGGAUGAAAUGACUCUGACCAGGAAGAUUGGCUCUCUGCGGUAUUUCUACAGCGCUUCGUACUUCUUCUCCGCCAUCCUAGUGAUCAUCUCAGCCAUUGUGCCACAUGCGCUCACCAAAGGCAUUAUCCUGCGCCGCAUUUUCACCACAGCCUCCUACUGCAUCGUGCUCCGUAUGACACUGACUCGCCAGCUGCCAGGCUCCAUCCAGAUGUGGUACGACACGCUGGCACUGGUCCAAAAGAUUCAGGACUUUUUGCUGAAGGAAGAGCACAGGAUGCUGGAUUACAACCUGACCACUGUUGGGCUGGAGCUCGUCAACGUGUCUGCGUCCUGGGAUGAGGGGAUAGUUGAGCUCUUUGAGAAGAUCAAGCUGGAGAACAAAAACAACGGACACCUGAACGGGGACAGCGGACUCUUUUUCACCAACUUGUACGUCACACCUGUUCUCAGAAACAUCAGCCUGCGCCUGGAGCAAGGCACCAUGCUCGCAGUGUCUGGAUCUACUGGCUCAGGAAAGAGUUCUCUGCUCAUGAUGAUCUUAGGAGAGCUGGUGCCGUCGGAGGGUCAAGUCAGACACAGCGGGCGCAUUUCUUACUCAUCACAGACUUCAUGGAUCAUGCCAGGGACCAUCCGGGAGAACAUCUUGUUCGGUUUGACCUAUGAUGAGUACCGCUACACCUCCAUUAUCAAGGCCUGCCAACUAGAAGAGGACUUGGCUUUACUGCCUGAGAAAGACAAGACCCCCCUGCUGGAAGGAGGAGUGACCCUCAGCGGUGGACAAAGAGCAAGGAUUUGUCUCGCCAGGGCAGUGUAUAAAGACGCAGAUCUCUACCUGCUCGAUGCUCCAUUCACUCACCUGGACAUUGCAACGGAGAAAGAAGUCUUUGAAAAAUGUGUUUGUAAACUCAUGGCCUCCAAGACUCGUGUUGUGGUCACCAGCAAGCUGGACCAUCUGAAACGCGCAGACCGAAUCCUCCUGCUACACAACGGAGACUGCUACUUCUACGGCACCUUCUCCGAGCUGCAGGCCAAGCGCCCGGACUUCAGCGCCCUCCUGCUCGGGAUCGAGGCGUACGACAACAUCACAGCAGAGCGACGCAGCUCUAUCAUGACGGAGACUCUUCGCAGGGUCUCAGUUGAUGAAACUGCUGGGUUUCGUGGAGCCGAGCCCAUUCGCCAGUCGUUCCGCCACGCACCUCCUCAGAGCCAUGCCGUGGGCGAAGGCUACCCCGAAAAACGCAAACAGUCCCUGAUCCUCAACCCUCUCGCGGCUGCCCGCAAGUUCUCAUUAAUCAGAAACUCCGAGCAGACAAACAACUUUCAGCCCGCGACAAUAGAAGAAGGGGUUCACGAACUUUCGGAACGGAGGUUCUCCGUAGUUCCUGAAGACGACCAAGUCGAGGAGGUCCUUCCAAGGAACAACCUGUACCACCACGGCCUGCAGCACCUGAAUGGACAGAGGCGCCAGUCCGUCCUGCAGUUCAUCACCAACUCUCAGGGCCACGAGCGCAGGGAGCAGAUGCAGUCGUCCUUCAGGAAGAAGCUAUCCAUCACCCCUCAGGGUAACCUGGCGUCUGAGCUGGACAUCUACGCCCGCCGCCUGUCCAAGGACAGCGUCUUUGACAUCAGUGAGGAAGUAGAUGAAGAAGACAUGGAGGAAUGCUUUGCAGACGAACGGGAGAACAUCUUUCAAACUACCUCAUGGAGCACCUACCUGCGCUACGUUUCCACCAACAGAAGCCUGAUCUAUGUUCUCAUUUUUAUUAUUAUUGUCUUUGUCCUUGAGGUUGCUGCUUCAGUCGUUGGUAUUUUCCUCAUCACUUCUAAGAUCUGGAGAGACGGAGCCAACCCAAACUCACCCAACUACAUCGAUGAGCAGCACCCCAAUGCCUCGUCGCCCCCCGUUCACCUGGCCGUCAUCUUCACUCCAACCAGUGCUUACUACAUCAUCUACAUUUUUGUGGCCCAUUCAGACAGCAUACUGGCCUUGGGGGCCUUCAGGGGUCUUCCUCUGGUCCACACGUUGCUGACUGUGUCCAAACGACUACAUGAGCAGAUGCUUGGCGCUGUGCUGCGAGCCCCCAUGUCUGUGCUCAACACCAUGAAAACAGGCCGGAUAAUGAACAGAUUCACCAAAGACAUGACCAUCAUAGAUGACAUGCUCCCACUGGUGCUUUUUGACCUCGUACAGCUGACCCUGCUCGUCAUCGGGUGCAUCUUCACUGUUUCUAUCAUUCGACCGUACAUCUUUAUUGCUGCCAUCCCGCUGGCUGUCAUCUUCGUUGUCAUCAGGAAGUACUUCCUGCGAACUGGACAGCAGCUCAAACAGCUCGAGGCUGAAGCUCGGAGCCCUAUCUUCUCUCACCUCAUCAUCUCACUGAAGGGUUUAUGGACGAUUCGGGCGUUUGGGCGGCAGACCUACUUUGAGACGCUCUUUCACAAAGCCCUGAACACUCACACGGCCACCUGGUUCCACUACCUGUCCUCGCUGAGGUGGUUCCUUUUCCGCUGCGACGUGCUCUUCGUCUUGUUCUUCACCGCUGCUGCCUUCAUCGCUGUUGGAACCAACCAGGACAAACCAGGAGAGGUUGGCAUCAUCGUGGCCCUGGCCAUGCUCAUCCUGGGGACGUUCCAAUGGGCCAUCAUCACCAGUAUCAACGUGGACGGAUUGAUGCGUUCCGUGGAUCGAGUCUUUAAAUUCAUCGACCUGCCAUCAGAGGAGAAGCUGCUGGGCAGACCUGGUGGUAAAAGUGGACCUGACCUGGUCAUCAAUAACUCCCACGUGCAUGACUACUGGCCCAGCCGUGGCCAGCUGGACGUCCAGGGCCUCACGGUGAAAUACACGGACACCGGUCGGGCGGUGCUCAACAACAUCUCCUUCUCUGUGGAGGGGGGGCAGAGCGUGGGUUUGUUGGGUCGAACAGGCUCAGGUAAAAGCACCCUGCUGUCAGCUCUGCUGCGCCUGGCUUCCACUGAUGGAGAAAUGUUUAUUGAUGGAGUUUCAUCCAGCUCCAUUCCUCUGCAGAUGUGGAGGAAGGCCUUCGGGGUGGUGCCGCAGAAAGUAUUUAUCCUGACUGGAUCUUUCCGGAUGAAUCUGGACCCAUACGGACGUUACAGCGAUGAGGAGCUGUGGAGGGUGGCUGAGGAGGUUGGGUUGAAGUCAGUCAUCGAGCAGUUUCCAGAUAAGCUGGACUUUCAGCUUGAAGACGGCGGCAGCGUUCUGAGUAACGGACACAAGCAGCUCAUGUGUCUGGCUCGCUCCAUCCUCAGCAAGGCUCGGAUCCUGCUUCUGGACGAGCCUUCUGCUUACCUCGACCCCAUAACUCUGCAGGUCCUGAGGAAAACACUGAAGCAGUCGUUCUCUGGCUGCACAGUCAUCCUAUCAGAACACAAGGUGGAGCCGCUGCUGGAGUGUCAGUCCUUCCUG